CGUGACCUUUCCCGCGGGUCGCCACUGCCUUAUAAAUACAGACUGGAGCUCAGUGUUCAGUAACAUCUGGCAGUGUGAACUUGUGUAACAUUCAGUGUAGACGAGGUCGUCAUGGGUUUGGUGUUCCUUGUCGCUGUGCUGGUGACGGUGUCAUACCUGCCAUCCUCUACCCGAGCAGCCACCUGUGCUGCAACACUUUGUAUGGCCAACUCCAUUUGUCGAGAAAUUCUGGAUAGAAGUACAGGUGUCAUUUCUGCACGCUGCCUUGACCCAAAGUUCUAUCCUCUGAGCGGACAUGACCAGAUAUGCACUGAUGGUCAGCCAUUGUGGAUUGUCACCAACAACAGAGGCUACGCGGAGGCUGCGUGUGGACGAGUGGUUGACAGAACCACGUGUCCAAGUGGAUACACGUGUGUCAUCGCACCCAACGACGCCUACUCCCUGUGCUGUCCGAGUUUUAGAUGAUCUUCAGUUGAUGAAGCGGCGAUUAACGACACCUAGCAAGUAGUCAGUCUGCUUUGCCGAUGCCUGAUGAUGGACAGUGUGUAAUUCUUCUGUAAACUAAAGCUAACUGAAAAAAUAAAAUAAACAAUUUUUUCAGCCGCUGAA